AUGUCCGCCCAAGUCGCUAAGGCCGAGAACCCCAACCGCUCCCUUCGCUUGUCGAAGCUGGUUCUGAACAUCUCCGUCGGAGAGUCCGGUGAUAGACUCACUCGUGCCGCCAAGGUGCUCGAGCAGCUCUCCGGUCAGACCCCCGUCUACAGCAAGGCCCGUUACACCGUCCGUAGCUUCGGUAUCCGUCGUAACGAGAAGAUCUCCGUCCACGUCACCAUCCGUGGCGCCAAGGCCGAGGAGAUCCUCGAGCGUGGCCUCAAGGUCAAGGAGUACGAGCUCCGCAAGCGCAACUUCUCCGAGACCGGUAACUUCGGAUUCGGUAUCUCCGAGCACAUCGAUCUCGGCAUCAAGUACGAUCCCGGUAUUGGUAUCUACGGCAUGGACUUCUUCGUCUGCAUGGACCGCCCCGGUGCCCGUGUUGCCAAGCGCCGCCGUGCCCAGUCCAAGAUCGGUGUCAACCACCGCAUCACCACCACCGAGACCAUGAAGUGGUACAAGACCAAGUACGAUGGAAUUAUCCGUUAA